AGAAAAGAAGCAGCAGCAGCAGGGAAAGUGUGCAGGCAGGAAACAAACCACACACAACAACACGCACACACGCACGCACACGCACACACACCCCACUCCAAGCAAGCAGCAGCCACUGCUGUGUUGAGAGCAUCCCACCCGCCACGGCGACACGGCAGCUGCCUUGCAGGAUAGGAGCAGAGAUGACGGCGAGGAGGGCGAGAUCUGAGAGAGCCGCAAAGCAGCGCGCAAAGGUGAAGCUGAGCAGCGCCUCCACAGGACAAGCAGCCUCUCAAUCACAGCGCCACAGCAACACUGCGGCUGCGAGGAAAAGUGCCAACAGUAGCAGCAGCAGUGCCCGUAACACACCAAGCAACAGCAGACCGGUGUCACCAAACAAGAAACGCACAGCUCGCUCAGCCUCAGCCACAUCACAGAAGCCAGCAACAGCAGCAACAGCAACAACAAAAGAGAGGGCCGGCAAAUCACGCAACAAGGCAGCAGCCGCAGCAUCAUCUGCAACAGCCACUGAUGGGGGCCUGAGACGAACCCGACGUGGAAUCGGUGGCGCUGCAGCGACCAUUUCGAAGCGUGGACAGCAGCAUCGACCGCCUGUCCCCGCCUCGGAGUUUGGUGUCAUCAACUGCCCUCACAUCACAAGCACCAAGUAUCCCAUUCUGCCUCCAAAGACAGUGGAGGCCAUUGUCAACCCAAGAAACUGGAUGUGUGAUGUGUGUGGGACGACCGACGGGGUGUGGGCUUGUCUACACUGCCCAUCGUUUGCGUGUGGUCGCCAGCAGAGCAAGCACGCCCUGGAUCAUCACCACAAAACAGGGCACGCGCUUGUCAUUGACAUCUGCUCCCAAUACGUCCACUGCUAUGCGUGCGAGGAUUGGGUGGUCGCUGACGACAGCUUUGAGGACCUUGCACAUCUUCGCGAGCGCCUGAGCACGAUCCAGAACCACGCUGCCCCGCCCUCCGUCACUCGUAGUGGCCGCGUUAUCCGCGCCGCCAGCCCGACAGAGGACACCCCGAUUGAGCUGCGGCAGGUUGAGCGGCUGGACCGAAUGGACACGGCCCUGCGGCGAUGGCGAAACUCAAUGCUCCUCUCCGCAUUCCUGGCCUGGCGCGCGUUUGUGCUUGCACGCAAGGACUCGGGCCCGCCAAGCGUCGGCAGCAACAGCGGUGACGACGAACUCACGCGAGGAGUAGAGGGUGAGGACGAGGAAGGUGAUGAUGAUGAUGAUGAGGGCGAGGAUCAGGAGGAAGAAGCGACCGAGGAGGAGAGGGACGACCAGGACGAGGGCGCUAAAGGGUCUGGUGAGGAAAGAGAAGAGCGGCUUCGAUCGCAACGACAGCGGCGUCUUGUUGAUGGCUCCACAAGGGAUGAGCAGCAGCAGCAGCAGCGACAAGAGGGCACAGGCCAUGGUGAUGGUGGUGAAGAGGGCGGUGAAGAGGGCGGUGAAGACGAGGAGCACGAGGAAAUGCCGUGGGCACGGGAAAGCGUGCCCAGCAGCCACGCCUGUGCCGACGAGAACGUGUUUGUGGGGCUGGGCAUGGCCAGGCGUGCCGCUGGUGAUGAGGAUCACGGCGCUGCACAAAAACGACGAAAAGGUGGUGCUGCCAAUAGCACGCCUACACAAAGGACGGUACCUAGAGUUAGGACACGAUCGCCUCUGAAGCGCCGGAACAGCACACUGCAGGCGGCAGUGGCGCAGCUGCUGUCACACCCGCGCCGCAAGAAGGGUGCAGAGACCACCGCAAAGAACCUUGCGGCACUGCGGCGGAUGAAGAUGGUGGUUGAGCCGGGCAUGUCAGGACUGCGCAACCUUGGCCAGACCUGCUACAUGAACGCAGUCCUCCAGGUGCUGUCGCACAUUGCCAUCUACCGGCUGUCGCUGUAUGACCUCGGCAAGCGCGGGCUGCUGCUCCUUCUCGACAACAAGAUGGCGUCGCGCCGCGCCAGCAACGCAGGCAGCGGCAGUGAUGACAACCCAGGUGCUCACCACCACCAGCAUCAACAGCAGCAGCAGCAGCAGCAACAACAACAAAACGAGCAGCAUCAGCAACAGCAGCAUGAGCAGCAGCGCAGCAACAACGCUGACAGUUUGAGCAUAGCUGCGUCGUCACUGUCCAAUGCAGAUGCAGCAGCAACAAAUGGAACUCCAACAUCCCAAUCAUCGUCAUCAUCGUCGUCGUCGUCACAGGCACAGUCGUUGCCGCACGCACCUCCACCGCCUUUGUCCACGGAUGCAACAGCAGUGAAGGAGGAGGAUGAUGGUGGCAGUGGUGGUGGUGGUCAUGGCCAAGCAGCAGAUGGGGCUGUGCGCGUGCGUGGCGGGAGCGAAGCAGACUCAACAGCAAUAUCGCCAAAUGCGCGCAUUGGGAGCUCGACCAACGCGGCGGCACCACCGCCAUCAGCAACGACAGCAACAACAACGACGACAACGACAGCAGCAGCAGCAGCAACAUCUUCUUCCUCUAGCGGUGGUCGUCGUGCUGUGUCGUCGUCGUCGUCGGCAUCACAGUCGCAGUCGCAGUCACCGUCACCGACGCGUUCUCCAGGUGCACAGCGCGCCUUCUUUGAGCGUCGCAUGGGGGCGUUGUCUCGGCAGUCCACGACAGAGUGUUUCACCUACUUGGAAACGCCCCUGCCGGGCAUGACGUCAUACCUGCGAUCACGCACCCGUGCGCGGUCGCAGCUGCCGGCGUCGGCAGCGGCAAUGCGGGUGACGCACCUGCUUGAAUCGCUCUUCCGCGUGCUGUGGUCCGGAAAGUGGGCGGUGCUCACCCCGGCCGCUAUCCUUGGAUAUGUGUGGCGGAUAGCGCCGGCAUUCCGCGGGUACCGGCAGCAGGACGCGCAGGAGCUGCUGCUGCUGUUGGAGGACGCUGUGCUGAGCGAUCUGGCGAGCGUCGAGAAGCGCCUGAAGCACGUGGCGCCGCCGCCCGCGUCGCUGUUUAUCCUGCGCAGUGCACUGCAGGGCCAGUUGCAGACGACCGUGCAGUGCACCACCUGUGGCCGCGAGUCCACGACGCAGCAGCCGUUUGCAUAUCUGCCCAUCGACGUGCCGGCCGACUGUGCCGGCGGUCGCAGCGGUCGUCGGCCGUUUGAGCUGGGCCCACUACUGUCACGGUUCUUCGCUGCGGAGCGGCUGGACGGGGUGUACAAGUGCGACGCGUGCUCACCCGUGCCGACACAGCCAAGCAAGCGCGCAAAGCGAAGCAUUGCACGCGCCAAGCGCCAGGCUGGCGGCAGUACUGGCAGCGUUGGUGGUGAUGGUGGUGAUGGCCGUGAAGGUGAGGAGGUUGGUGAUGCUACUGCUGCUGGCACUGGGGCGCAGCAACAACAACAGCAGCAGCAGCAGCGAGCGCGAGGGCGGCGGGCGUCUGAUGUGUCGGGGGACGUGAAGCGGCCGAGACGGCGACACAGCCGAGCGUCGACUCGCCUCAGCACCACCGAUGAUGGUGAUGGUGAUGGCGAUGGCGAUGGUGAUGGUGGUCGCAGCAAGAAUAACAACAGCAGCAAUAGUAGCAGCAACGGCAACACGGGGAGUGGAGUGGGUAGAGAACAGAGCGCGCCGUCGCAAGCGCACUUCCAGGCGCUAUCACAACCGUCAUCAUCAUCAUUAUCAUUGUCAUCAUCGUCACCGUCCAUGCCAUCGUCGUCCUCAUCGUUGUCGUAUGUGCUGCGGUCGGCCAUCAAGUCAACAGCAGUGUCCACGCUGCCGAGCGUGCUCAAGAUCCACCUCAAGCGCUUCUGCUGGGAGGGAACACAGCGAUGCAAGCUGCAGCACCACGUGGCGUGCCCCCUAACCCUGGAUAUGGAGAGCUACUGCGCGCCCGGGUGCGUUGUUGACGCUGACGGCCGGUUUGGAGAGACGGUGUAUGACCUGGCUGCUGUGAUCACGCACGAGGGGCGCGACUUGAAUGCGGGCCACUACAAGUGCUACUGCAACCUGCGCGGAUCUGCACAGCACUCUGAUCGGUGGAUUCUUGCCAACGACGCGCGCGUGCGCAUUGUCUCUGUGGAUGAGGUGUUGUCUGCACAGGUGUAUGUUGCGUUUUACGUGCACCGUGCAGUCACCGAUUACGUCUCUGAUUUCCUGCACGUGUAUCCCGACACCCCGCUUGUUCCACACCACUGA